AUGGAUAGUGAACCAAACCCUGGGACGUCUUCGGUGUCGACGACAACCAGUAGCACCACCACCACCACCAUCACUACUUCCUCCUCUCGAAUGCAGCAGCCACAGAUUUCUGUCUAUAGUGGCUCAGACCGACAUGCUGUGCAGGUAAUUCAGCAGGCGCUGCAUCGCCCUCCCAGCUCUGCGGCGCAGUAUCUGCAGCAGAUGUACGCCGCGCAGCAGCAGCACCUGAUGCUGCACACGGCGGCCCUCCAGCAGCAGCACCUAAGCAGCUCCCAGCUUCAGAGCCUUGCUGCCGUUCAGGCAAGCUUGUCCAGUGGAAGACCACCUACAUCCCCCACAGGGAGUGUCACACAACAGUCAAGUAUGUCUCAGACAUCUAUCAACCUCUCUACUUCUCCUACACCUGCACAGUUAAUAAGCCGUUCCCAGGCUUCCAGUUCUACCAGUGGCAGUAUUACCCAACAGACUAUGUUACUAGGGAGUACCUCCCCUACCCUAACGGCAAGCCAAGCUCAAAUGUAUCUCCGAGCUCAAAUGCUGAUUUUCACACCCGCUACCACUGUGGCUGCUGUACAGUCUGACAUUCCUGUUGUCUCGUCGUCAUCGUCAUCUUCCUGUCAGUCUGCAGCUACUCAGGUUCAGAAUUUAACAUUACGCAGCCAGAAGUUGGGUGUAUUAUCUAGCUCACAAAAUGGUCCGCCAAAAAGUACUAGUCAAACUCAGUCAUUGACAAUUUGUCAUAACAAAACAACAGUGACCAGUUCUAAAAUCAGCCAACGAGAUCCUUCUCCAGAAAGUAAUAAGAAGGGAGAAAGUCCAAGUCUGGAAUCACGAAGCACAGCUGUCACCCGGACAUCAAGUAUUCACCAGUUAAUAGCACCAGCGUCAUAUCCUCCAAUUCAGCCUCAUCCUCUAAUAAAACAUCAGCAGAUUCCUCUUCAUUCACCACCUCCCAAAGUUUCCCAUCAUCAGCUGAUACUACAGCAGCAGCAACAACAAAUUCAGCCAAUCACACUUCAAAGUCCAACUCAAGACCCACCGCCCUCCCAGCACUGUAUGCCACUCCCAAACCACGGCCUGCCUCCAGCCCCCAGCAGUUCCCAGUCGCAGCAUUGUUCACCAAUUCAGAGUCAUCCCCCUCCUCUGGCAAUGUCUCCUAGCCAGUCACAGUCAGCACAGCAGUCUGUAGUGGUGUCUCCUCCUCCACCUCAUUCACCAAGUCAGUCUCCUACUAUAAUCAUUCAUCCACAGGCACUUAUUCAGCCACACCCUCUUGUGUCAUCAGCUCUCCAGCCAGGGUCAAACUUGCAGCAGUCCACCCCUAAUCAGGUGCAGCCUACAGCACAGCUGAAUCUUCCAUCCCACCUUCCACUUCCAGCUUCCCCUGUUGUACACAUUGGUCCAGUUCAGCAGUCCGCCUUGGUGUCCCCAGGUCAGCAGAUUGUGUCUCCAACAUCACACCAGCAAUAUUCAACCCUGCAGUCCUCUCCAAUCCCAAUUGCAACCCCUCCACAGAUGUCGACAUCACCUCCAGCUCAGAUUCCACCACUGCCCCUGCAGUCUAUGCAAUCUUUACAAGUGCAGCCUGAAAUUCUAUCCCAGGGUCAGGUUUUGGUGCAGAAUGCUUUGGUGUCUGAAGAGGAGCUUCCAGCUGCAGAAGCUUUGGUCCAGUUGCCAUUUCAGACUCUUCCUCCUCCACAGACUGUUGCGGUAAACCUACAAGUACAACCACCAGCACCCGUUGAUCCGCCAGUGGUUUAUCAAGUGGAAGAUGUCUGUGAAGAAGAAAUGCCAGAAGAGUCAGAAGAGUGUGUCCGGAUGGAUAGAACGCCACCACCACCCACACUGUCUCCAGCAGCUAUAACUGUGGGGAGAGGAGAAGAUUUGACUUCUGAGCAUCCCUUGUUAGAGCAAGUAGAAUUACCUGCAGUGGCAUCAGUCAGCGCUUCAGUAAUUAAAUCUCCUUCAGAUCCUUCACAUGUUUCUGUUCCUCCACCUCCGCUCUUACUUCCAGCUGCUACCACAAGAAGUAAUAGUACAUCUAUGCCCAGUAGCGCACCUAGUGUUGAAAACAAACCUCCACAGGCUAUUGUUAAGCCACAGAUCUUGACCCAUGUUAUUGAAGGUUUUGUGAUUCAGGAGGGAUUGGAGCCAUUUCCUGUGAGUCGUUCAUCUUUGCUGAUUGAACAGCCUGUGAAAAGAAGGCCUGUUUUGGAUAAUCAGGUGAUAAAUUCUGUGUGUGUUCAGCCAGAGCUGCAGAAUAAUGCAAAGCAUGCAGAUAAUUCAUCUGACACAGAGAUGGAAGACAUGAUUGCUGAAGAGACAUUAGAAGAAAUGGACAGUGAGUUGCUCAAGUGUGAAUUUUGUGGAAAGAUGGGGUAUGCUAAUGAGUUUCUUCGGUCAAAACGAUUCUGCACUAUGUCAUGUGCCAAAAGGUACAAUGUUAGCUGUUCUAAAAAAUUUGCACUUAGUCGUUGGAAUCGUAAGCCUGAUAAUCAAAGUCUUGGGCAUCGUGGCCGUCGUCCGAGUGGCCCUGAUGGAGCAGCAAGAGAACAUAUCCUUAGGCAGCUUCCAAUUACUUAUCCAUCUGCAGAAGAAGACUUGGCUUCUCACGAAGAUUCUGUGCCAUCUGCUAUGACAACACGCCUGCGUAGGCAGAGUGAGCGGGAAAGAGAGCGUGAGCUUCGGGAUGUGAGGAUGAGGAAGAUGCCUGAAAACAGUGACCUGCUACCAGUUUCACAAACAGAGCCGUCUAUAUGGACAGUUGAUGAUGUCUGGGCCUUCAUCCAUUCUUUGCCCGGCUGCCAGGAUAUCGCAGAUGAGUUCAGAGCACAGGAGAUUGACGGACAGGCUCUUCUCCUGCUCAAAGAAGACCAUCUCAUGAGCGCGAUGAAUAUCAAGCUGGGCCCGGCCCUGAAGAUCUGUGCGCGCAUCAACUCUCUGAAGGAAUCUUAA